GGAGUAAAUUCUUAAAAUAAAAAAAGGUGUUAUCUCACAGAAUAUUUUAUGCAGUACUACGAAGCUAAAACCAUUCAAUUCUGUGUUAUAAAUAUCACAAUAACUUAAACACUUGAAAAUUCUUUUGAAUUAAAACCAUUGUAAGUACUAUACGAUCCUCUUGUUGAUUUUAUAAAAGCUUGUCAUAAUAAACCGAUUAAACUCGGUUGUAAAGUUUUAAGAUUAUUACAGCGUAGCUGGAAAGUAAUGUUGUAUAUUUAAAACUUGUGUUUGACGAUUAUAAAUAUAUCUAUCUAUGAUGAAGGUGAAAAGACUAAAUAAAAAAACUACAGAUCAAGAAAACAAGGGUUUAUUAAUACCAAGUAGCAUGGAUAACAAUCCAGACGAAGAGAAUUCUUUAAAAUAUUUGACGAAAGUGCAGGAUAGUCCUAACCGUGGAGUAGUACCGGUGACACAACAAACUAAUUCGGCUCAAGAUACAGCCCACCACGCUUUUUUGGAUGGAUAUCCUUACCAUGAGCACUCGGAUCGGAUUCUUAUUCAUAAGAAGAAACAAAGAGAUGCUCUGUGGAAGGAGCCUUUUAAUUUUAAACUUCUUUGUAAAGAAAUCCGAAAGACUGAAGCAGCCUGGAAGAUGUUAUUCUGGAUUGGCAUCAUAUUUGCUUUUGCCGCCAUCAUCGUUGCAUUUGUAAAAGAAGAAUUCGAAGGCAAAGACGAGGAACUCAUUUUGCAUUUGAGCAUAUCUGAAUUGGGUCUUGCUUCAAUAUCCAUUCUGGUGUCGCUGAUAAAGCAUUGUCUGAAAUACAACUCAGUGAUCGAAUUACAAAAACGGAUCAAAACAAAGGAAAAAAACAAAGACGAUCUCGAGCAAACCAACAAUAGAAGAAAACUAUAUCUUGCACUUGCUUUCACCUGGUUCGGUUUUGUAUUAUUCCUUUUGAUUGGUUUUUUAAUAAUGCAUUUUUUAAACAAGGACAGUCACAAGGAAUUGCAGUAUACCAAAUACACGACUGUGAUGGCUUUAUUUGUUACUGUGAUUCUUGACGGAGUAAUCAACGACAUUGUCAGCAAUGCCUAUUCGAUAGCAAAAGCUGAUCAAUACAGACUGCUUAUACACCAAUUAAGUUUGGAAUUAAGAAUUGACCAUAGCGGUUCCAGUGAAAGAAUCAAAGACAUUGAGAAUUUUCUGGCAGCUUCAGAGAUAUUUUCAGUUCACGAUAAAUCCCAUUUUAUUAGAGUGGAAACGGUACUUUUAAAUGGUGAAAUUAGCAACGAGCAUGUUGUUUCUAAUAAGAAAAAAGAAGUGAUUAUUUUGGAUCCGCGUGAAAAAAAAGAGAACAGAAGCGAUGGAUUGCAUAUGGAAGAGAUACAACACUUGGAUAAAGAUUCUGCACCGAACGAAGCUGAAGUUGAAGAUGGCGCUGAAGAUAUACUUUUAAACAUGGAAACCAGAUCAGAAGCUGGAUUUGUUGUUGUCGAUAUCGAUAAUUUAAACGAAAGUAAAGAAAAUAUUGCUUCCGAAGAAGCCUAAUGUUUACAACUAAGUGUAUAGAUAUGAUGGUCUGUAAUAAUGUUAAUGCUGCUAUACGAAAACACUUUCUGGUUACAGGAUUCUGUUUCAGUAUGAGAGUCAUCUGAUUCAUGCGAUUAGAAGGCAGUUUGAGAUUUUUAUCUCAAUAUGUGAGAUAUGCACCUAAAUUACAUGAGCGUAACGAUGGCGUGUCUCUGUGUGUGUUUGUGGAGAAAAACUUUUGUAAUUUUUUCAGGUUGUGUGAGACAUUCAACGUUUUAGUCCAUUUAAUUACAUAGUAAUUAUUGUGUAGUUUGCUAUACAUUUUUUUUAAAAAAAGAUGUAAUUUUUUUUUAAAUUUACAUAUUAUCCAA